AUGAAUAUGCUCCCAGAAAUUAUUAGACAAACCGUAGAAUCGAAACCAUUGAUAUCUAAUGAGGAUGUUGUAAAGGUUAUGUACCCAUUCGAGGGGAAGCCCUCUCACCGUGGAGGUGAUGGUAUCACAAUUGUGGGUAGUUGUAAUGGUUUGAUUUGUGCAUCGCAUGCUCGUUAUAUUUUUUAUGUCUGGAAUCCAUGUACCGGAGAGUAUAAAGUAAUAAGAUCGCCGUUUGGAUUCCAAAACAGAUCUUUUGGGUUUGGUUAUGAUUCACAAACUUGUGAUUACAAGUUUGUCUCAGUUUACUGCCAUCCAGAUAGGGAUGUUUCUGAAGUUGAGAUAUAUUCUUUAGGUUCAGAUUCAUGGGAAAACUACCAUUUGUGCAAUCCUUAUAUAAUUAGCGGAAAGCAUGGGGUGUUUCUAAAUGGAGCUGUCCACUGUGUUCCUGAUACUAAAUUUGAGAUUUGGGAGAUGAAAGAUUACGGAGUGAGAGAGAGUUGGUCUAAAGUGCUCCAAAUUAGCCAGCAAGAACUUAUGCCGACAGUGACAAUGGGUAUUGGAUCCUGUCAAUACAUAAGGAGAGUUGAAUCUUUAAAAGAUGGCGAAAUACUGUUAGAGAUAAUGGUGAAGGAUGGACGACCUCAUCAGUAUCGUAAAAGGGUUGAUGUUGUGAAAAUUCACUUGGGUGAAACGAAAAGACGCCAAAAUAGAAGAGACUAUAUAAAAGCUUAUGUGAAGAGGCUAAGACAUCAAAAUAGAAGAAACUAA